AUGGCGAACAAACGGAACGAGGACGUCGAGAUGAAGGCCGUUGGCGGCCCCGAGUUUGCCGGCGAGAGAGAGACGGACACGUUCAUCCGCCGGAGCAGCUCCCGCAGCGCCCAUGUCGUCGCCGCCCCUAUAGCGCCCAUCAUCGACAAGAUCGACCACAGCCCCGGAGCCUCGAUCAUUGCCUACUGCCUGUCGUCUAUCAGCAUGACAGUGGUGAACAAAUAUGUCGUCUCGGGCGCGUACUGGAACCUCAACUUCUUUUAUCUCGCUGUGCAGUCUCUAGUCUGCACGGCCGCGAUUCUCAUAUGCAAGCAAUUGGGGCUGUUUAAGAACCUGGCUGCUUUCGAUUCGACCAAGGCGAAGAAAUGGUUUCCCAUCUCGUUGCUUCUCGUGGGCAUGAUCUACACGAGCACCAAGGCACUCCAGUUCCUCUCCGUGCCGGUCUACACCAUCUUCAAGAACUUGACCAUCAUUGUUAUUGCGUACGGCGAGGUGCUCUGGUUUGGUGGCAGCGUGUCGCCCAUGGCGCUCCUGUCGUUUGGCCUCAUGGUGCUCAGUUCCGUCAUUGCCGCAUGGGCAGACAUUCAGGCCGCCAUUGACGGCGUCGGACAUUCCCUCGAGACAUCGGAUGCGCUCUCUACCCUCAACGCUGGCUACGCCUGGAUGGGCAUGAACGUUUUCUGCACUGCUGCCUACAUCCUCGGGAUGCGCAAAGUCAUCAAGAAGAUGAACUUUAAGGACUAUGACACUAUGUUUUACAAUAACCUCCUGACCAUCCCGGUCCUGAUUGUCUGCUCGCUGGUGGCCGAGGACUGGUCCACGGUCAACCUCGCCAAAAACUUCCCGAUAGAGACACGCAACAGUUUGCUCAUCGGCAUGGUGUACUCGGGCCUAGCAGCCAUCUUCAUCUCGUACUGCUCGGCAUGGUGCAUCCGCGUCACGUCCUCGACGACUUACUCUAUGGUCGGCGCCUUGAACAAGCUCCCAAUCGCCAUCAGCGGCCUUGUAUUUUUCAAUGCGCCCGUCACAUUUGGCAGCGUGUCGGCCAUCUUCCUUGGCUUCAUAAGUGGCCUCGUCUUUACAUGGUCCAAGGUCCGGCAAAAGGCCAAGUCGGUCGGGAGUUCCCUGCCGACGACACAGCCCAUUAUGAGCGCCAGCUCGCAGAGUAACAGGGACGCGGCAAACUCAUGA